GUGAAGUAUGAUGUGGUGACCCAGCUGCUUUACACAGAAAUGCUGCAGGAGCACUACACUCUGAGUAUCUGGGAGACCCUGCUGCCAUGGCAACAACAUGAGGAAAGGGAGGGGCUAGGAGAUCGUGCAGAUGAGGCUUUGGAGUCAGGAGACAUGCUUCGUUUGUCGGAGCUGCCAGGAGCCUUCAGAAUAUACAGGGCCUGCCUGAAAAGCCGCCCUGAGUCCAGGGAACAGUCAUGGUCUGCCGUGUCGCUCCUGUGUGAGCUACACACAUUUCGUCAACAAGAAAAGGACACUCUAACUGUCCUGGGCCAGAGGCUGGACAGGGAGAGCCUGAGACUGUUGUGUUUAUUCAUCAGUUUAGCAACUCUCAGAGCCCAGAGAGAAAAGAUGUCCUACAGCGCUCUGCUGGCAGCUCGGCAGUCCUGGGAGACAUGGCCACAUGUAGAGAGUCCCUGCAGAGCAGAACAGGCGACCCUAUGGCUACACGGUGAAGAGGAAGAGCAGAAGAAAGACUUUAUCUCAGUGUCACCACAGCAGGCAGUGCUGCAGUUGCUGGUGCUGACUCAGGAUCAGGAGAGAGAGCACCUGGUCCAGUUGGCAAACAGGGUCUCCAUGGAGGAUUUGCAAGAACCAGUGCCUUCAAAGGAGGAAAGUAACCCGGAAGCUGCUUUGAGAAAUGCCUGUAUAAAAAGGCUGAGACAAAUCUAUACCGGCCUGCAGACAAGCAAUGACACUCAGACCCCCUUAAAGCAAACAGACCAUCAGCCCCAGCCUCAUAUAAGCAGUCAAACAGCAGUGCGGUACAAACACCAGCUGGAGCAGUGUUCCCUGCUCCUGUUGACCCAUCUGAUGGAGCUCCAGGAGGUCCAAGCGACCACAUUACUGCCAGCACUGAAGGACGAGAGUGCAGAGAGUGUCCAAGCUCUGCGAGAUGAAUAUAAAUCUGAACUUCAAGCACCGCGCUACACCAACCUCCUCCAACUGAUAUCAGACGCCCCUCUUACUUCAGGUUCAAUACCCACUACUGAUCCAAACUUAAAAGAAAGUAGCAGCAAUGCUCAAAACAGCAUCAAAGGGCCAGAUGAAACCUCAAGCGUGGAUUCAAUCAGUGACCUACAGGUGGUGCAGGCCACAGAAUGUACCGACGAACAGGACGUCUGUACAGGUUGUGGAGCAGUCAUGGAAGAUCUGCCCUACUUGGAGAUCUUGUGUGUAUCAGAUGCAACCAGCAAUACUCACAACACAGACGGGGGAGCCCAGGAGGAAGAAGGUGCCGCUGCAACAAAGAGCCCCCAGAGUUUUGAGAAACAGGGCUCACUGAUCGCCUUUGCUUGGAGCCAACCAGCAGAGGAUGAGACCGACUAUGAGGAAGAAGGGGCAGCAGGAGCAGCACAGAGACAGGAAGUACAGUCAAGUGACACAAGCAGCACAGCUGAACACACACAGGGUGAGGAGACUUCUGCAGAGAGUGACAGAGAAGAGAAGAAACCCACUCUGCUCCACUCUGAAUCCACAGAUCAUCCUCACGCACAGUCUGCAGACCAGCAGGGCAGCACAGUAGAACAGUUGACCUUCGAGGAAAGAGCAACAACUUAUCGACCAGAGAAAGGAGAUUGUGAAUGUGACCUGCAAACAAAAGCUUUGGGAGCAGAGACCCUGCAGGCUUUAAACAUCUUUGAACCUCCUGAGGUUGAGCGGCAUGCUAGUGACUACUGCUCUGAACUGGGAAAUAAAGAGACCCCAGAUGUGGACAGAGAAAUGCUCGAGGUGGAAAUGUGUGCCAAUGAUCUGUGGGACCUGAGAGGGCCUGAACCAGCUCAUGUUGAUUACCACGAAUACAACUCACAAGUCACAGUUGACUGUAGCCCUGCAGGAAGAGAGGCAAUGAGGGAAUCCACACUGAUGGAGAGAGAGCGAGCAAGAGAGCCUGUGUCUGCGAUGGAGAGAGAAAGGACAAUGCGCAACCUGGUGGACAUGCAACGAAAGGUGGAACAGAGGCAGCAGAGAGAUAAAGAGAGACAACUACUGAGGGUUCAGGAGCAUCUGUCCAUCAUCCAGAACAGAAAGGCAGAGGAGGACCUGCUUGGCUUGAAACACACUGACAGGCUAAGGCACCUCACACAAGAUCUCCCACAGGAGGAUAAGAAUCAGCAAAAGACGGUUGUCAAAGAGCGACUGGAGCAGCUGAGAAGAGAGCGCUCCUACGUCAUGCAGUCCAAACGAGCCAGGAACACUGCAGGAUUUAAGGAACUUCUGGGUCCAGUAGCUCUCCACAGCAGAAAAACAAAUGAUGGAGCAGACUGAGGAACUACAGAUUCUUUAAUUCAUUUCUAAUUGAACAAGGAGUGUUACCCAGAUUAAUUAUCAGAUAAUAUUCUGAUGUGUGCACGUAUAAUUCAUAUGUUGUUGCAUUCCGGUAUUAACACAAAAUGAAAGAUGUGUUGUGUUCAUAUGAAAUAAGACAGAUGUCAAAUUUGAAGUGAGUUGUUUAUUAUACAGUUAAUUAUCAUCUCGACAAACAUAAGCAUCAACAGUAAUGUCAUUUAUCAAUGACCCCCCCUUUAGUUGUGUACACAUUAUCCCUGUGGCCUAAAUGCAUACACAAUGAGUCCCACAGGUGCAUGUUUACAGUCUACAGAGGUUCCAUCAACUCUUUUAUAUGUGAACAUACCAUUUAGAUUGGCACUGCUGACCAUUACUCGCUUGUGUAAGAAAUAAUGUGACUAAACGACAGACACGGAUGUAGACUUUGAAUGCACCUCUGGACUCGGGCUAUUGCUAUUUACAGGUAUAUGGGGACAGGAAUAUUUUAACAUGUCAAAGGUUGUAAG